GGGCUUAUGGAAGAAAGGAACCAGACCAGCAGCUUUGAGUUCCUCCUCUGGGGACUCUCAGAGAGGCCAGAACAACAACGCAUGCUCUUCCUAGUGUUCCUGUGGAUGUACCUGGUCACUGUGACUGGCAACCUGCUCAUCAUCCUGGCCAUAGCCACCGACACACAUCUCCACACUCCCAUGUACUUCUUCCUUGCCAGCCUGUCCUGUGCAGACAUCCUUUUCGUGUCCACCACUGUGCCCAAGGCCCUGGUAAACAUCCAGACCCAGAGCAGGUCCAUAUCCUAUGCAGGAUGCCUGACCCAGCUCUACUUCUUCUUGACUUUUGGGGACAUGGACAUCUUUCUCUUGGCCACAAUGGCCUAUGACCGCUACGUGGCCAUCUGCCACCCCCUGCACUACAGGAUGAUCAUGAGUCCCCGCUGCUGCACCAUCCUGGUCACUGUCUGCUGGACCCUUACAAAUCUUGUUGCCAUGACCCACACCUUCCUGAUGUUCCGACUUUCCUUCUGCUCCCAGAAAAUCAUUCCUGACUUUUUCUGUGAUUUGGAGCCCCUGAUGAAGGUGUCUUGCUCUGACCCUAAGGUCAAUGAGCUUGUACUCUUCUUCUUAGGGGGAGCAGUCAUUUUAGUCCCCUUUAUACUUGUCCUGAUAUCAUAUACCCAUAUAUUUUUAGCCAUUCUCAAGGUCCCCUCUGCCCAGGGGAGGCGCAAGGCCUUCUCUACCUGUGGGUCCCAUCUUGCUGUUGUUGCCCUGUUCUUUGGAACAGUGAUCAGGGCUUAUCUGUGUCCCUCAUCCUCUUCCUCCAACUCAAUAAAAGAGGAUACAGCAGCUGCUGUGAUGUACACAGUGGUGACUCCCCUGCUAAACCCCUUUAUUUACAGCCUGAGGAACAAGGACAUGAAGGGAGCUCUGGGCAGACUUGUCAGGGGAAAAGUCUCCUUCUUGAAAGGCUAG